UACUUUAAAAAGAAAUACAAAAAAAAAAAAAAAAAAUAGCAAAAAAAAUUUAAUUUUUUAAAAAACACAAACAGAAGGCCUCGGGCUUAACCCGAAGUUGUCGUCUCUGAAGGAAGAAAUACUUGACAUCGAUCUUCAGCGUGAUUAUUAUUUUUUUCAGGUUUUUUUUUUCUUGCCCCCCCACCAACAAAGCUGGACCUCAGAGCCAGCUGUCUUUAUUAGCGCAGUUUGGACCCGGAUUACACUUCAUAUCGGCUGUUUUUAUUUUUUAAUACUUUUCUGAGGGGAAGCUUUGCGUUUAUUUAUUCUGUGAAGUCCGAGAUAUGAACACAGCGACGGGGAGUUAUCCGAUGGCUUCUCUCUACGUUGGCGACCUGCACCCAGACAUCACGGAGGCUAUGCUGUACGAGAAAUUCAGCCCCGCCGGACCGGUGCUCUCCAUUCGGGUCUGCAGAGACAUGAUCACCCGGCGCUCCCUCGGAUACGCUUAUGUGAACUUCUCCCAGCCCGCUGACGCCGAGAGAGCCCUGGACACCAUGAACUUUGACGUGGUCAAAGGGAAGCCAAUCAGAAUCAUGUGGUCCCAAAGAGACCCCUCCCUCAGGAAGUCGGGUGUAGGCAACGUGUUCAUCAAGAACCUGGACAAGUCCAUUGACAACAAAGCCCUCUAUGACACCUUCUCUGCCUUCGGUAACAUCCUCUCCUGCAAGGUGGUGUGUGAUGAAAACGGCUCCAAGGGCUACGCCUUCGUCCAUUUCGAGACCCAGGACGCAGCUGAUCGCGCCAUCGAGAAGAUGAACGGCAUGCUUCUGAAUGACCGCAAGGUGUUUGUGGGUCGUUUCAAAUCUCGCAAAGAACGGGAGGCUGAACUCGGCGCCAAAGCCAAGGAGUUCACCAACGUCUACAUCAAGAACUUUGGGGAUGACAUGGAUGACGAUCGGCUGAAGGAGCUUUUCGACAAAUACGGUAAAACACUCAGUGUGAAAGUGAUGACAGAUCCCACCGGCAAAUCCAGAGGCUUUGGAUUUGUUAGUUAUGAGAAACACGAGGAUGCUAACAAGGCUGUAGAGGACAUGAAUGGCACCGAACUCAAUGGCAAGACAGUGUUUGUGGGCAGAGCUCAGAAGAAAAUGGAGCGGCAGGCGGAGCUGAAGAGGAAAUUCGAGCUGCUGAAGCAAGAGCGGAUCAGUCGUUAUCAGGGAGUUAAUCUUUACAUUAAAAACCUGGAUGACACCAUAGACGAUGAGAAACUGCGUAAGGAGUUCUCUCCGUUCGGGUCCAUCACAAGUGCUAAGGUGAUGCUGGAGGAGGGCCGUUCCAAGGGCUUUGGCUUCGUCUGCUUCUCCUCACCUGAAGAGGCCACCAAGGCAGUGACUGAGAUGAACGGCCGCAUCGUUGGAUCCAAACCCCUCUAUGUGGCCCUCGCUCAGCGCAAAGAGGAGCGCAAAGCCCACCUCACCAACCAGUACAUGCAGCGCAUAGCAGGCAUGAGGGCCAUGCCAGCUAACGCCAUCAUCAAUCAGUUCCAGCCCACCAGUGGCUACUUCAUGCCAGCCGUGCCGCAGGCCCAGAAUAGGACUACGUACUAUGCACCCAAUCAGCUGGCCCAAAUGCGUCCCAACCCACGGUGGCAGCAACAAGGUGGACGAGGUCAAGGUGGUUUCCAAGGAAUCCCCAGCUCGCUGCGUCAGCCAGGACCCCGAGCCAACCUGAGACACAUGAGUCCUGGCAGUGGCCAGCAGGGCCCACGAGCUGCUGGCCAGGCCAUGGCUCCUCGUCCCUCCAUGGGAGUCCCCGGCCCCCGGGCCAUGCCUCCGUACAAAUACGCCACUGGUGUCCGCAACCCCAACCCCCAGGUGGUGCAGCCUAUUGCCUUACAGCAGGCUCAGCCAGCUGUGCACGUUCAGGGCCAGGAGCCUCUCACAGCCUCCAUGCUGGCUGCUGCACCGCCUCAGGAGCAGAAACAGAUGCUGGGGGAGCGUCUGUUCCCACUGAUUCAGGCCAUGCAUGCCAACUUGGCAGGAAAGAUCACUGGCAUGCUGCUGGAGAUCGACAACUCUGAAUUGCUCCACAUGCUGGAGUCUCAUGAAUCCCUGCGUUCAAAGGUAGAAGAAGCUGUUGCAGUGCUACAGGCCCACCAGGCAAAGAAAGACGCCACCCAGAAGGUGGGCAGCUUGACUACUACCACUGCUGCUGCCACAUCCUGAAGACUGCGUGAUAUAAUGACUUGGGCACAGAAACGUGAGCCGAGAUGGGGAGAGAAACACUACACUGACUCUAAAACAUCAGAGUCACACAAAAACAAAAAUCAAGAAAAAAAUAGCAAAUGUAAUUUUAAAAUAUACUUGAAUAUUUUGAAAAAAAAAAUUACAGUUCAUAAUUUUCUAGUUCUGUAAUACUUUUAAACUGAAUACCAAAAGCAAUAAUGCAAAUAAAUCCUGAAUGAAGACCCUUCAUUUUGCAGAAAAGGAAAGAAACCCUUUUUCUAAAAGGAACAUGAGCCUUGUUCUUUAUCUUUGCUUGAAAGCUUUAUGUUUGAUUUGAAAUGAUGGACUCCUCCAUCCUAUCAUGUUAUCAUGGGUGUGUGGUAUUGUCAAUAAAGGGAUGAUAUAUCAAGGUUA